AUGAUCCAAGAACUGGAAUGGGAAGAACUGAUGGGGCCGAAAACAUGGUUAAAGCACAUGCAAGAUCCAUCGAAGGACUGGAAACUAUCGGCAACUUCAUUUUCACAACAGGCAUGGGUGAAAGGCAAGCAAUCCCGACCAUUCCCUGAUCCACUUGUCAAGGUGUAUGAUGUGCGAACAAUGCGGCCACUUCCUCCUAUUCCGUUUUCUGCCGGGCCUGCGUUUAUACACGCCCUCCCCAAUCGUACAUCGACUCUGGUCGUCGUUUCUUUGCAUGGCCUCAUACACGUUGUGGAUGCUUCGAAUCCAGCUGCAUCCAUAGAACUGUAUCAGCUUGAUUUUCCAUCUUAUGCUACAGAAUCAUCUUAUAUUACAUCUGGUGCAAUAUCACCUUCUGCAACAUAUAUGGCAUUUGGUGACAAUGACGGCAGGAUUCAUAUCAUGUCCCAAGCAGACGGGGAGAUACCUUUCAAUGGUUAUGAUGGACAACCUGUUCCAUGGGCCAACACACCUGCCCCAUUGCCUGAAAUUCAGUGGACUAAGUCAACGCCAUUGAACGUCAUCGGAAUGCCAUAUUUUGACACUCAACUCCUGUCUGUCUGGCCAUCCAAUCUUGCACACAAAGCAUCCAGCUAUUCUCCUCCACCCAGGAUCCCUCCCCAAAUACUGACCAGUAUGAAGUACAACGAGAACAUCGCAUACGCAAGUCUACCCAAAGAACUUCGGGGCAGGCGCAAUAUGACAAGUGCAGGGCCUCGAAAGGGGGUCAGCCGUUUCCACAGCGGAAAGAAUGCCAUGGAGUCAGAACCGGAAGCUGAAAUGUUUGACCAUUAUGACGACGAGGUCCCCCGGAUAUAUCGACGUGUUGAAAUUGAGUACUCUAAAUUCGGCAUUGAAGAUUUCGAUUUCGGCUUCUAUAACAAAACGCCGUAUAGCGGUCUUGAGACACACAUAUUGCAUUCAUACACCAACUCAGUUAUUCAGGUCAUGCAUUACAUACGACCGAUACGAGAACUUGCGAAGGGCCAUACAACCAUUAACUGUCCUGAAGAACAUUGCCUUCUUUGUGAACAAGGCUUCAUUUCGCGUAUGCUCGAAGAUGCCCAUGGGACGAAUUGCCAAGCGAGCAACUUUUGCAAGACUGUAGGCUUUCUAGCUCAAGGGUCCAAUGCAAUUGAACUUAUGGACUACGGGCGCGAAGGAACUGAUGUUGAUUAUGCUCAAAAGAUACAAACUUUCCACCGAUUUUUAAUCGACCACAUGAAAUCGGAAGCUAAUAUACAGCCCCAAAAUAUUUCCAUGUAUCCCUAUGGGAUACCAUCGCAAUAUCCGUCGAUCUCGCCAAUCUCCCAGAUACUAGGAAUUGCUGGACAGAACGUGAUCAUGUGUUCCACGUGUAAAGGAAUACGAGAAAGAAUCCAUGCGAUUCACAUCGUUGACAUGGUUUACCCCAAAAAGGUAAAGACACUAUCAGGACGACCUACUGUUUCUUACAGUUUUACUAGCAUUCUGCGUAGCUCUUUAUUCCGACAAAUAACCCACAAGGCAACAUGUCAAUUAUGCAAACAAUUCUCAAGUUUUGUCUCUCGGAGAUCAAUUUCCUCUCGUCAGCUGCCUCCAAUUCUGGCCAUCAAUGCGUCGGUUUAUAAUGAUGACAGCCUUGGAUUUUGGCAAGAUUAUAGAAAUUCGACCUUCCUGCAACCUCAAAUUUCUCUCCGAGGACAGAUUGGUGGAAUAGACGAUGCAGAAGAAGCAAUUUAUACAUUACGAGCAUUGGUAGUUAAGAUUACUAGAAAAGACCGCAAGUCACAUCUAGUUGCUAUUGUGAGAGUCCCUGAAGCGGAGAGUAAUGAUGCAUCCAGUCCCUGGUUUUUGUUCAAUGAUUUUGUGGUCACCAACAUAUCUCAACAAGAAGCACUUAGCUUCCAAGGACAGUGGAAGGUACCUGCAAUCCUGUACUUUGAACGCCAGAAUGUGGAAAGUAUGCUGGAUUUCAGCCAUUUGACACAAAAAUUGGAUCCCAGCAUUCUUAGUCGGGAUACUUCCAUCUCAAUCAAUAGAAACAGAAGUCUUAUCAAACACGAAUUUUUAGCCCCUGAUGAACUUCCGAAGCCUGGGACUCUGGUGGCCAUUGAUGCAGAGUUUGUGUUGAUGCAACAAGAAGAAACAGAAUUCCGUUCAGAUGGCACCAAGAAGGUCUUGCGUCCUGCCCGAUUAAGCCUUGCGCGUGUAUCCGUUCUUCGUGGAGAUGGCCCUCGUCAAGGCAUUCCAUUCAUUGACGACCACAUUCAUACUAGCGAGACGAUCGUGGACUAUUUAACGGAGUUCUCUGGCAUUAAAUACGGGGACUUGGAUCCUACACUAUCCAAGUACACACUUACACCACUGAAGCUUGUGUAUAAAAAGCUUCGACUUCUGGUGGAUUGUGGAUGUAUCUUCAUUGGCCAUGGUUUAUCGAAAGAUUUCCGCAUCAUUAAUAUCUAUGUGCCUCCGGAACAAGUUUUGGACACCGUUGACCUAUAUUUCAUCAAGGCACGGUCACGUCGGCUAUCGUUGCGAUUCCUGUCGUGGUACAUUCUGGGAGAGCACAUCCAAACAGAUAACCACGACUCCAUUGAGGACGCUCGUUCUGCCUUGCAGCUCUAUAAAGCUUAUGAAGAAUUUGAGGAACAAGGAAUAUUCGAUCAAAAACUCGAAGAAAUUUAUAGAGAGGGAAGGCAAUAUGUGGGUGUCUCCCUUUUCUGA